AGGCGCAGGUGCUCUUCGCAGGUUUUUGCUGGUCGGACGCUGCUGCGGCGUAUUUUGCGCGCCGCCGCUGGAGAGAAGAAGGAGGAAGGUCAGUGAGCAGCGGGCCGAGCGGAGAGCAGACGCACAGCAGCUCGCUCAUUGUGCAUCGUGUUGUCAUCAGGCCUGUUUAGGAACAGUUGUUGUGGCCUCAGAGAGCUCAGCUUCAGCUCCAGACUGAUGGCCGGCUUCAGCUUCGUGUGCGCUCUGCUGCUGUGCGCCGCUGCGGUGCAUUCAAAGCCCACGCUAAGAAAAGAGAGAGUUAUUCAUGACCCAGAGCUAGCCAGGCAAGCCCACGAAGACAAUAAGAGCUACCAAUACGACCAUGAGGCCUUUCUGGGCAAAGACGAGGCCAAAACAUUUGACCAGCUCAGCCCCGAGGAGAGCAAAGACAGGCUUAGUAAAAUCGUGGACCGGAUAGACAGCAACACGGACGGCUACAUCUCCACCGCAGAGCUCAAGACUUGGAUAAAGCGUGUCCAGAAGCGCUACGUGUACGAGAACGUCGCAAAGGUGUGGACAGACUACGACCUGAACAAAGACAACAAGAUUUCAUGGGACGAGUACAAGCAGGCCACAUACGGAUACUACCUCGCCAACCCGGAGGAGUUCGAGGAUGCCACAGACCAGUUCAGCUUCAAGAAGAUGCUUCCUCGUGAUGAGAGAAGGUUUCAAACAGCUGAUCUGAACGGGGACUUGGCAGCAGACAGAGAAGAGUUCACAGCCUUCCUCCACCCUGAGGAGUUUGAGCACAUGAAGGAUAUAGUGGUUUUGGAAACUCUGGAGGACAUCGACAAGAACGGCGACGGACACGUGGACGAGGACGAGUAUAUCGCCGACAUGUUUGCUCACGAGGAUGGAGGUCCAGAACCAGACUGGGUCAAAACGGAGAGGGAACAAUUCUCUGACUUCCGAGAUUUGAACAAAGACGGAAAGAUGGACACGGAUGAAAUCCGGCACUGGAUUAUGCCACAAGACUACGACCACGCCCAGGCCGAGGCCAGACAUCUGGUGUACGAGUCGGACCAGGACAAGGAUCAGAUGCUGACCAAAGACGAGAUCCUUGAGAACUGGAACAUGUUUGUGGGAAGCCAGGCCACCAACUACGGCGAGGACCUCACCAGGAACCACGACGAGCUCUGAGCUCUCGGUGCCGCUUCAUCUGUGCAUCUUUGUGUGUGUGAGGAAGGUCGCUGAACAUCUUUGUCCUCAAAGACAGAAUCGCAGACUCUUGCCCUUCUCCCCCCCCCCCCCACCCCCACCCCCAACACUACCACCACUCCAUCCUUUUCCUCGUAAUAGCGGGACAGAUGUCGGCGUGUUGGAUUUCAAACCAACACCGUAGAUACCAAAUGAGAGGACAGAUAAGGGUCAGUGCUGCCACUAACUCUAAGGGUCUGCUUCAGUCUUCAAAUCCAUGGUUGCGUUUCUGACAUUCAGGAGCAAAGCCAGACCCGGUGGACUCAACUUUCCAUCUAAGGUGCCUUCCAGUCGCGUCUGCGGCUUCACUGCCUCAGAGAUUUGUGUAGAUAGUCUUUAUUAAAACCUGUCAAAGCUGAAUGCUGUCAGAUGCGGGAAAAGUUUUAAUGUGAAACCACAGCUCAGAACAUUUCUUGUGAUUUUAUUUAUUUAUCGGAUAUCUUCUGAACUUUAGGUUCCAGAGGAGUACAGUGUUUGACUAGAGAUCUUUUUUUUUUUUAAAUGAAAAUACACAGAUGAUGUUACCUUGUUUACAGUCUUCCUUGGCCUAUUGAUUUUAAUGAUUUUUAUUAGUUAAGUGCUUUAAGAACUGUUUAUUAACUGAUGUUUAAUGGCAUGGUUUUUGCACGCGUUUGGUUUUUAGUGUAGCCUGUGAAAAACUUAUUUUGUCUCCAUACUUAGUUUUAAAUGUAUUUAUUGGUGUACUUAAGGCCAACAAUAUGCUUCAUGUUACAGUUUUUACCUUUUGCUGAUGUUCCAUUUGAGCGUUACCAGUUUACAGCUGUCUAAUUUAAUUCACUUGACUCCUUGCUACCUUUUCUAUCACUCCAGGGCCACCUUCUGUAUCGGACGUACUGAACUGCACUUGGCGUUGUACAUAGCAGCGAGAUGUUUUUUUCAGCAUCAGAAAUGUGUCUUUUUGUUACUCGUUUUGCUAAAUGGAUCGAACAGAUCCACAGAACAAUGCAGCUUAUAAAGAGAACAAACUUUAAGUAGAUUUUGAGGGUCUUGUAACUUUAAUCAUCGUUAUUCCAAACCCCCCCUUUUUUCCCUGUUUUCAUCUUUGUUGUGCCUGCGUCAGUGGCCCAAACCUCAGCUGCAUAGCCUGCAUACCACAUGGGCACAAACAUAUUUACGAACCGCACAUGAUCCCAAGUUGUGUCCCAAUAAAAAAGAAAGAAGAAA